GUUAGCUGCUAGCAUCGUUAGCGUUGGUCAGUCCGUUCUUUAAACGACACAGCCGGUCUGCUAGUACACGCCGAGAAUAGGACCUGAGACAGGGCACCAGAUCUCUGGUCUGUCGGCUGUUUGAAAUACCUGCAAUGGCAGAUAAGGAAGUUGGUGCAUUUGAUGAUGCGGUGGAGGAGAGGGUGAUAAAUGAGGAGUACAAGAUCUGGAAGAAAAACACUCCUUUCCUUUAUGACUUGGUUAUGACCCACGCCUUAGAGUGGCCCAGCCUCACUGCUCAGUGGCUGCCUGAUGUCUCCAGGCCAGAGGGGAAGGAUUACAGUGUGCACCGGCUGGUUUUGGGCACUCACACAUCUGAUGAGCAGAAUCACCUGGUCAUUGCCAGUGUCCAGCUGCCCAAUGAUGAUGCCCAGCUUGACGCCUCACAUUAUGACAGCGAAAAAGGAGAGUUUGGAGGCUUUGGCUCUGUGACAGGAAAGAUUGAGAUAGAAAUCAAGAUUAACCAUGAAGGAGAGGUGAACCGUGCCCGGUAUAUGCCUCAGAACCCCUGCAUCAUUGCCACCAAGACCCCCACCUCAGAUGUGCUGGUGUUUGACUACACCAAGCACCCCUCAAAGCCAGAUCCGUCUGGAGAGUGUCACCCUGAUCUGCGUCUCAGAGGACAUCAGAAAGAAGGUUAUGGUCUCUCCUGGAAUCCGAAUCAGUCUGGCUCCCUGCUUAGUGCUUCAGAUGACCAUACAAUCUGCCUGUGGGACAUCAGUGCAGUGCCAAAGGAGGGGAAGAUAGUAGAUGCGAAGACGAUCUUCACCGGUCACACUGCUGUGGUGGAAGAUGUCUCCUGGCAUUUGCUCCACGAGUCACUCUUUGGAUCUGUGGCAGAUGACCAGAAUCUCAUGAUUUGGGACACUCGUUCAAACAACACUUCCAAACCCAGCCAUGCAGUAGACGCCCACACAGCCGAGGUCAACUGUCUGUCAUUUAAUCCUUACAGCGAGUUCAUCCUUGCCACUGGCUCAGCAGACAAGACUGUGGCUCUUUGGGACUUGAGGAACUUGAAAUUGAAGCUGCAUUCCUUCGAGUCACACAAGGAUGAGAUCUUCCAGGUUCAGUGGUCACCUCAUAAUGAGACCAUACUGGCAUCCAGUGGAACAGACCGUCGCCUCAAUGUUUGGGACCUCAGUAAAAUCGGAGAAGAGCAGUCUCCAGAAGAUACAGAGGAUGGCCCGCCUGAGCUUCUGUUCAUCCACGGAGGCCACACAGCCAAGAUCUCUGAUUUCUCUUGGAACCCCAACGAGCCCUGGGUCAUCUGCUCGGUGUCUGAAGACAACAUCAUGCAAGUCUGGCAAAUGGCUGAGAACAUCUACAAUGAUGAAGAUCCUGAGGGUUCGACAGACCCUGAGGCCACAGUGUAACACGUCUGCCUGCUCUGUGUGUGUUAAUCUACAACCUCAUCAAAAACUGCAAAAGAGCCACCUCAGUAGUUUUAUGCAGCUACUUCUGUCCAUCCUGCUCUACUUUAUUGGUGGGACACUGUACGCCACAAAUCACCGUAAAUACCAGAAAGCAGAGCAUAAUCAUGUAACGCUCUGGUCCUGUUUAAAAUACUCAAUGUUAAGAGGGAGUUAAGAACUUUCCUUUGAGUAAUUUAUUACAUUUUACCCAUGUUUUUCGUACUACGUAUACAGUAAAAUAUGUAUUUUUGUAAUCAAAUUGGCUCUCCCUUGUACACUUGAUGCAAAUGUUUUAGUCAAAGCUUUUUCAAUAAUAAACUUAUGUAGAACCUCAGGUGGUAGGGGUGUAAUGGUACACAAAAUUCACAGUUCGUUAUGUACCUUGUCUUUGGGGUCAUGGUUCGGUACAUUUUAAUAGUAGUGUUGCACUCGGUCGGUUAUGGGUCUCUCAUUUGUCAUUCUGACUAUAGCUAAGCUGGCUGGCAUACAUCCAUGAGCAUGCUACAGCGCAUUCUUUUUUUCCCCCCUAUUCAUAUUUUGCAAAGACCUGCCCCAACUCUGUUUCUGAUUGGCUCUCACUCUGAUUCUAACCCUAACUAUCUCAUCUACCUACCUACUACUUCAUGCCUAAACCCAACCAACAAAGGCAUCGAGUACUAGCCAAUCAGUGGCAGAGUAGGGCGGGUCGUUUCGAAUUGUGUGUGGGAGGGAAAAUAAGGCUGCUACAGCUAAGUGGUGCGCUGCCAAAACAUUCUGGGUGGAACUCGCACUCUAGAAUUAUUGUUCCACACAUUGGAGUAAGUGGAUUAUUGAACUUUUUUUGACAGUAAUUGUUUGGGACACGGAGCGAACCAAGCUGAGGAAAGUCACAUAGCGAACCGAAAAUCCAGUACAGAACGGUUUGGGACAAAUACACGUACCGUUACACCCCUGUCAGGUGGUGAUCAUAUUGACAACCCAGAAAAAGUGCUAACGCACAGUAAGUUCCUGUUAAACAGUAUAAACACAUUAAACCCUUCACACAAUACAAAGAAUAACACAUUUAGAAGUAAGAUGCAGCCCAGCUUUUUGACAUGAUGCAUAGUAUAGAGACAAUUUGAUAAUGAGUUUUUUUUCCCAUGCUAGUUUAUAGUCCCAAACAAUUCUCAUAUUUUCAUUGCUUAAGUCAGGUCACCACCUAAUUGUUCUGGACCUUGAUUUUCACACCAGCUGUUUCUGAAUGAAAAUAAAAUUUCAGAGUGGAUCUGUGUUUAAAAUGUCCAUUUUCACUUCCCCCUCACCAUAGUCAUUCAUUAAUGAGUUAAAUGUUGUUGUUGUGAUAUAGGUUAGUGGUUGAACUUUUUCUAUGUUCAGUAUUUUGCAAUUGUACAGUGAGUGCAUUCUUAAUAAAAUGUGUUCAAUCAA